AUGCAAGCGUCCCCCACCUCCUCCUCCUCCCCAGAGGACGCCGCCGAGAACACAGCCGACGAGGAGGAUUCCGAGGACUACUGCAAGGGAGGAUACCACCCAGUCUCCAUUGGCGAAAAGUUCAAGGAUGGCAAGUACACUGUCGUGCGCAAGCUGGGCUGGGGCCAUUUCUCCACCGUCUGGCUGUCGCGCGACAACACCACCGGCAAGCACGUCGCCCUCAAGGUCGUGCGCUCCGCCGCACACUACACCGAGACCGCCAUCGACGAGAUCAAGCUCCUCCAGAAGAUCGUCACCGCGAAGCCUGACCACCCCGGCCGGAAACACGUCGUCAGCCUACUCGACUCCUUCGAACACAAAGGCCCCAAUGGCACACACGUCUGCAUGGUUUUCGAGGUUCUGGGCGAGAACCUGUUGGGCUUGAUCAAGAAGUGGAACCAUCGUGGCAUACCCAUGCCGCUGGUUAAGCAGAUCACGAAACAAGUGCUGUUGGGGCUCGACUACCUCCACCGAGAGUGCGGCAUCAUUCACACCGACCUCAAGCCCGAGAACGUCUUGAUUGAGAUUGGCGACGUCGAGCAGAUUGUCAAAAAGGUUGUCAAGAGCGAGCCGUCGGAUAAGGAGAACAAUCGCAACGGCCGGAGGAGACGUAGGACAUUGAUCACCGGCAGUCAGCCAUUACCGUCACCACUCAACGCAUCCUUCAACCACAACAAUCUAUUCCCAUCAACAAAUUCGCACUCAAGCCUUGGCCAGAUGCUGAAUGAAGGCAACAAAACAAAAGAAACGUCACCCACAGACGACAAGCAGAAACAGCGGGAAAAGACAGCGGAUCUCCUUACGAAAGAAGUAUCCGGCAUCUCCCUGGACAAGUCUUCCAAUUCAUCAUCAUCCUCGACCGGCGAAAAGCGCAAGGCUGAAGACUUCGGCCUGGAUAAUGUAAUCAGUGUUAAGAUUGCGGACCUGGGCAACGCGUGCUGGGUAAACCACCAUUUCACAAACGACAUCCAGACGAGGCAAUACCGGUCACCAGAGGUAAUUCUGGGUUCAAAAUGGGGGGCAAGCACAGAUGUUUGGAGUAUGGCUGCCAUGGUUUUCGAGCUCAUUACUGGCGAUUAUCUCUUCGACCCUCAAUCCGGCACUAAGUAUGGCAAGGAUGACGAUCAUAUAGCCCAGAUAAUAGAGUUAAUGGGGCCAUUCCCGAAGUCACUAUGCCUGUCGGGCAAGUGGUCGCAGGAGAUAUUCAACCGCAAAGGCGAGCUGCGGAACAUUCACCGUUUGCGCCACUGGGCGUUGCCUGACGUCUUGAAGGAAAAGUACCACUUCAAGGAAGAGGAGGCGAGGCGCAUUGCAGAUUUCCUUUGCCCCAUGCUGGAGCUUGUUCCGGAGAAGCGGGCCAACGCCGGCGGCAUGGCGGGCCAUAUAUGGCUGGAAGACACGGCAGGGAUGAAGGGAGUCAAGAUCGAGGGGCUGGAGAUAGAGGCCGGGGCUGAUGUUGAUGAUGUCAAUGGUUGCGGGAAGGAGAGCAACGAGCAAGAAGAUGUCGGCGAGACUUCCCAAGCUGAUGGGGACAGCGAUGCUGAUGUUGGCGCAAGUGUGUGGGUUGAUGAGGACAACGGCUCCAAUGAAGAAGGCAGUGGUACCAGUCCCAAGGAGUCUGAAGAGGACAACGGGCCAGAUGGGGGCGGGGGAGGAGCAGGAGGAGGUCCAAUCAAGAUCAUCGGGGUUAAGCCAUGGGCCCUCCCUUGA